GCAUUUUUCCAAGGGCGACGACCCCCAAGGCUGCAUCACCAACCUCACUCCCUCUCGCCCGCACAAACCCCCAGCUAUCGCGCCGAGAAAAUCACCAUUCACCAUGGCCGCACCGCUGAUGACCGUGUCCGAAUCUAAAGACCUCCGUGGUCUCAACCUCAUCGCCGCGCAUUCGCACAUCCGGGGCCUCGGCGUCGAUGCCACCAGCCUCGAGCCUCGCGCCGCGUCGCAAGGCCUGGUUGGGCAAGAGAAGGCACGCAAGGCCGCCGCCGUGAUUCUGCAGAUGAUCAAGGAUGGCAAGAUUGCCGGCCGCGCCGUGCUCAUCGCUGGGCCGCCCAGCACCGGAAAGACGGCCAUUGCAAUGGGCAUGGCACAGUCUCUCGGCCCCGACGUCCCCUUCACAUCGCUCGCUUCGUCCGAAAUCUUCUCCCUCGAAAUGUCCAAGACCGAGGCGCUCACUCAGGCCUUCCGCAAGUCCAUCGGCGUCCGCAUCAAGGAGGAGAGCGAAAUAAUGGAGGGCGAGGUUGUCGAGAUACAGAUUGACCGGAGCGUGACGGGCAGCGCCAAGCAGGGCAAGCUGACCAUCAAGACGACAGACAUGGAAGCUGUCUACGAUAUGGGAAGCAAGAUGAUUGACGCCAUGACCAAAGAGCGCGUCAUGGCUGGCGACAUCAUCUCCAUCGACAAGUCGUCGGGCAAGAUCACCAAGCUCGGCCGGUCUUAUGCCCGGUCCCGGGACUACGACGCCAUGGGCGUUGACACCAAGUUCCUGCAGUGCCCCGACGGCGAGCUUCAGAAGCGCAAGGAGGUGGUACACACUGUGACCCUGCACGAGAUUGACGUCAUCAACUCGAGGACCCAGGGCUUCCUCGCCCUUUUCUCUGGCGACACGGGCGAGAUCCGCAGCGAGAUCCGCGACCAGAUCAACACCAAGGUGGGCGAGUGGAAGGAGGAGGGCAAGGCCGAGAUCGUGCCCGGCGUGCUCUUCAUCGACGAGGUGCAUAUGCUUGACAUCGAGAGCUUCUCGUACAUCAACCGCGCGUUGGAGGACGAGCUGGCGCCGGUCGUCAUCAUGGCCAGCAACCGUGGCAACUCCCGCAUCCGCGGAACCGACUACCGCAGCCCGCACGGCAUGCCGCUCGACUUUCUGGACCGCGUCGUCAUUAUCAACACGCACCCGUACUCGGGCGACCAGAUCAAGCAGAUCCUGACGAUCCGGGCGCAGGAGGAGGAGGUGGACGUGUCUCCGGAUGCGCUCGCGCUGCUCACCAAGAUCGGGCAGGAGGCGGGCCUCCGCUACUCCAGCAACCUCAUCAGCACGUCACAGCUUGUGUCGGCCAAGCGGAAAGCCAAGCAGGUUUCGGUGGAGGACGUUCAGCGCAGCUUCCAGCUGUUCUACGACUCGGCUCGCAGCGUCAAGUUUGUGUCCGAGUCGGAGAAGAGGCUGAUUGGCAACGACGGGGCCGUAGACCUGUCGGCGACGAACGGCACGGGCGAGGAGAAGAUGGAUCUGAGCUAGAGAAAGAGAGAGCCUGGAGGUGAUGGGGCACGGGAUUGCUUUAUAUGCGAGAGAGCUGGCUGGCGUUAAUAUUUGGUGUUCAAAAAGUGUUGGGGACGACGGAAGGACUCGAAAGAUGUCCGUUUUCCCCUGUACCAUACAAGGCCUGGGCGUCAAGGGAAGGGGCCGCAAAGAGACAGCGAGACGUGCGGUCGGUUUCGUCAGUUGCACACGCGAGGGACCCAUGUCAGCAUGACCCGGGUGAUGACAUGACACUGUUUGUCGAGCCCAGAGAGCAUACCAUGUGCAGCGCAGAACAGCACAUGAUUGGAAACUCUUGGGAUAGAAAAGUCGGCCAGACGCUAUCUCUCCAACUACUGCUGUUGGCCAAUAUCUACACGAACCAAGAUUCUUGGAUGACGAUGCCCCAAGUUCGCCGCCGCCACCACCAUCAACCGACCCGUCUCCCCCUCCCCCCUCCCUCCCCUGCCUGCCUACGACAGCACCUUGGGCUUCUGCCAGCGCGUCCCGUUCUGGGCCGAGACGACGAGGUCCCUGCCCUGGAAGUAGUAGACGCGCGUCUGGCGGGCCCAGGCGGCGGCGGCGAGCCCCCCGUCGACGGUGCCCCAGUCCGGGUCGCUGCUGGAGCGGAAGUCGGCCCCGGCGUCGUCGACGGGCUUGUAGUAGGCGACCAUGGUGCCGCGGGAGGGCCGCGCGUAGAAGAGGCGCCGCGGGCUGAGGCCCGGGACGAAGACGCCGGCCAUGGAGACGGAGGGGUCCCACGACGACCCGGGGGCUGUCUUGACGGGUUGGGCUGGGAGGGG